AUGGCAUCAGGGAGCUUCGUGACCUGGGAGACUCAGCCCCUUGCUUUUUGCCCUGGCACAAAGUGGACACUGCAGCAGAACAUCCUUUCCUUUCCCUUCCUCUCAGGCCCCACCAGCCUCAGGGUCUUUGAAACCCAUAGCUUUGUCUGUCCCCAGCCCCUCCUGCCUCCCAAUUGCUGCCUGAGUGUCCUGGGCUGGCAUUUCCUGGGCACAGCUAAAUGUCACUGGCACAGCCCUAGGCCGCUGGCCCAGAGCCUGGCCUGCCGUCAUUCCCAUUUCUUCUCUCCCCAGCUCUGCCAGGCACAUUCCCACUUGCUCCGGUACAUGGAACGAUACAGGAAACGUUUGAAGGCCAAGAACCUGAUGUACAUCAAGCAGAUCCUGUACCUGUUGGAGAAGUUUGUGACUGUGCUGGGUGGGAACAUAAAGGAAAAUCCCAACACACAGAGCCUCUCACAGACAGGUAACUGCCCCGGGACCGAGCUGAAGGCCGUGAUUGAGAUUCUCUUUCAGAGCCAGAUUGACAACAUCAACCUGUUCAAGGUGCGGCGCUACUGUGAGAAGAGCAUGGUCAGCAGGAAGCUGUUUGGCUUCACGGAGAGGUGGGGAGCAGUCCUUGUACCCCCCAGGGAGCAGCCCAGACUGGCUGGGUUCCAGCACUUCCUACAGAGCCUGCAGCCCAUGGUGACUGAAGCUCCCACAGUCCCCGUGGAGGAGAGGGAGGCCAUGGCACCUCGGCCUGCUUCCCCGCUGAUGCACAUCGAAGGCUUCCUUGCAGCUCUCACCACUGCCAACCAGGACGGCAGGGUCAUCCUGAGCCGCCAAGGCAGCCUCAGUCAGAGCAGCCUCAAAUUCUUGCUGCUGAAUCCAGCUGUGCCUUUUGCCCAGGUAGUGAAGGAGUGCCGGGCAGUGGUCAUUGCCGGGGGCACCAUGCAGCCGGUGUCUGAAUUCCGGGAGCAGCUGCUGGCAUGUGCUGGGGUGGCAGCUGAGCGUCUGGUGGAGUUUUCCUGUGGUCACGUGAUCCCUCCAGACAACAUCCUUCCCCUCGUCAUCUGCACUGGGCCCUCCAACCAGCAGCUGGAAUUCACGUACCUGAAGAGAGAGCUGCCCCACAUGAUGGAUGAGACAGGUCGCAUCCUCUGUAACUUGUGCAAUGUGGUCCUCGGAGGGGUGAUCUGUUUCUUCCCCUCCAAUGAGCACCAACGCCAGGUCCAUGCCCACUGGGACAACAGUGGCCUGCUGGCUCGCCUGGCUGUCAGGAAAAAGCUAUUUCAGGAACCGAAGAGAGCGAGCCAGGUGGACCAGGUGCUGACGGAGUAUUCCAAGUGCAUUCAGUGCCAUGUUCAGGCAGGAGGCAUGGGGACAGGGGCCCUGUUGCUCUCAGUGGUCGGAGGCAAGAUGAGCCAAGGCAUCAACUUCUCUGACAACCUCGGCCAGUGUGUGGUCACGGUGGGCAUGCCCUACCCCAAUGUCAGGUCUCUGAAGCUCCGAGAGAAGAUGGCCUACCCGGAUCAGGCCCUUCCCCGAGCCGCAGGUCAGCCUGCCCCAGGAAAGGCUCUCGUGGAGAAUCUGUGUAUGAAGGCUGUCAGUCAGUCUGUAGGCAGGGCCAUCAGGCACCAGAAGGAUUUCACCAGCACAGUGCUGCUGGACCAGCAGUAUGUCUGUCUACCUGUCCUGGCAAAACUGCCCACCUGGAUCCAAGACCGUGUGGAGGUCAAAGUCACCUUUGGUGCCGCCUUUGCUGCUUUGCAGAAGUUUCAUCACAAGAAGUCUGUCCUCUCCUGAGGGACGUCCACGCUUGUCUGGCAUGCAGACCAGCCCCCUUCUGGAAUCACCAGGCCGGCAGGACCCAGGAAUAGGCACAGAGACCAAUAGGCAAAAACUAGGUUACUCCUGAGCACCGGGUCCUGGCCAUCCUCGGGCCCCUCCCAGACACUGGACCUCUCCUCCUGUCCACCACGGCCCAGUGAGCUCCCUGCCCUGCUUCCUGCCAGCCUUUCUGGGCAGCUGCGGAAGCUGCACCUUCCACUGCGGCAUCUCUGUCCCUGCUUGUUUCUCAGCAUCCACUUCAUGGGAGGUGAGGUGGAGCAGGCCUCUGCUGCCUCCCUUUUGUCCUCUUCUCCCUCUCCUGGAUCAAAUUAGCUGUUCGAGACCUUCACCCUUUCCUCCAAAUUAAGGAACUUCUGCAUUCCCAGAACCCUGGCCCCGAGUCGGGGCUCCUCUGCCCUCAGGCUUCUGGUCCCUUCUUCCAGCUGCCAUCUGGCCAUUAAACACCACCCAGGAGAAAUCUGGCACUGAGGUCACUAGGAGCAGGGCCCUGUGCGCUGCUGCGCCACCUGCUGGCCUCACUCCUUUACUUCCAGGCUGCUCCCUAACCUGCUCAGGCCCUGCCCAGCAUCCUUAUCCCCCUGGUUGGGUAGCAGGUCCUGCAACUCAGUAGGGCCUCUCCCCCUCUCAGCCACUUGGGCAGACUCUGAGACACCACUUCCCCUGACACCAGCAAUUACACCAAGGGCCAUUAGGCUCUCAGCAUGACUGCUUUUAGAUACUCUGUGUCUGUCAGCCAGGCAGUAUUUCCUGUGUGAGAAUACCCCUGCCCCCAUCUGCAACAACUGCCCCUACUGACUACACCUCUUCUCUCCCUGACCCCAGAGAAAGGGGCAUUGGUCCCCUCAGCACCCAGCCCCAUUGCCUGAGACCAGUGGGAACAGGAGCACAGGCCCUGGCUCAGAAAAGUUUCCACUCUGCAUGGCUCUAUUUCUUUAAUUAAAUGUGCACUGUCAGUUGA